UCUACUGUUGCUCAAUUUAGUAAUCGCUUGCAUUUCAUGCUGAACAGUUAAUUAAAAUUAAAUAAAUUUUUUCGUUAAAUUCCACUAAGUAACUUUUGAAAAUAUUUAACAUGGAACGUUGGUCAAAUUGCACAGCUGUAGUCACCGGUGCCAGUUCUGGCAUUGGUCUUGCCAUUGUUAAGGACUUGCUGAAGGAGAAUAUGCGCGUUGCCGGCUUGGCUAGGCGCAAGGAACGCAUGGAGGAAUGGCGUGCAACAUUGCCCGAGGAACAGCAGAAGCGUUUUUAUCCCGUCAGCUGUGAUGUCUCAUCGUUGGAGUCGGUUAAUGAAGCCUUCGAUUGGGUUAUCAAGAAUUUGAGUGGUGUCGAUGUGUUGAUCAAUAAUGCUGGCAUUUACAAUGCUGGACAAGCCACCGAAAUGGAUCCGGCCAAAUUGCAAGAGGUAUUGCAAACCAAUGUCAUGGGUGUGGUCUAUUGUACACAACGCGCUUUCGGUUCAAUGAAGGAUCGUAGUGUUGACGGGCAUGUGGUGAUCAUUAAUAGUGUUUUGGGGCAUUGUGUGCUACUUAGUGAACCGCAUACGUCGCCCACUUCCAAUUUGUAUGCGCCAAGUAAAUAUGCGUUGACCGCUUUAACGGAGGUGUAUCGUCAGGAGUUCCGUGGACUUGGUACCAGAGUUAAGAUCACUAGUGUCAGUCCCGGCUUAACCGAUACCGAUAUUGUGGCGGCACGCUCGCGUGGCGGCAAACGACCAAUUCUACAGCCAGAAGAUGUUUCUCGCUGUGUAUUAUUUACACUCUCGACACCAGCUCAUAUGCAAGUGCAUGAAAUUAUAGUAAAGCCAAUGUUGGGCGAAUAGAAUGGAGUAGAUAUUAGAGCUGAGCUGAAUGAAAUAUUAAAAUACUAAAUAAAAGUUAUAGAAAAUAUUUGUGUA